AUGUCUCCGUCUACUGCGUCCCAAGAGCAAGCGAAGCCCUUGCUUUCAUCCUCACUCCCAAAUAUACCCGCUGCAUCACCGACUAAGCCGGAAGCCGUCGCCAUUCCGGUGAAUCGCCGUGUGCUGCCAGAUUUCUUGCAGAGUGUCAACCUCAGCCAUGUCAAGCUCGGUUAUCACUAUCUCAUCACUCAUGGGCUCCCUCUGCUCCUCAUUCCGCUCUUCGCGUCCGUGGCGGUGGAGAUCUUUCGGAUGAAGCCCGACGAUCUGCUGGAGCUGUGGCAGCAUCUCCAACUGAACCUGGUCAGCGUUGUCGUGUGCUUCGCCGCCGUUGUUUUCGGCGCGACUUCGUAUCUUCUCCUCCGACCACGCCCCGUUUACCUUGUGGACUUCGUCUGCUUCAAGCCUCCGGACCACCUCGCUCUCUCACUUUCGGGGGCUCUUGAUCACGCCAAAAAGCUGCAGAAGUUCAACGAUAAGGCGCUAGAGUUUCAAAACCGGAUUCUAGAGAGAGCGGGCCUUGGCGAUCGCACGUGCCUCCCGCCCAGCUUCAUCAACAUCCCUCCCAACCCGUCCCUGGACAUGGCGCGGAAGGAGGCGGAGAUGGUGAUCUUCGGUUCGCUUGACGAGCUGUUCACCAAGACGGGCAUCAGGCCCCGCGACGUGGGUAUCCUCAUCGUAAACUGCAGCGUCUUCUGCCCCACGCCGUCGCUGUCAGCCAUGAUUGUCAACAAGUACGAGAUGCGCAGCAACAUCCGGUCAUACAACCUCGGAGGAAUGGGGUGCAGCGCCGGUGUCAUCUCCAUUGAUCUCGCCCGCGACUUGCUGCAGGUGCACGGCGGCUCUUACGCGGUGGUCGUGUCCACAGAGAACAUGACUCAGAACCUGUAUUUCGGCAACAAGAAAUCCAUGCUCAUUCCGAACUGCAUCUUCCGGAUCGGCGCAGCGGCCAUGCUCCUCACGAACAAGCGCAGCGAGCGCCGCCGGUCCAAGUACGAGCUGGUGCACUGCGUGCGCACGCACAUGGGAGCGGACGAGAAGUGUUACCGGUGCGUCUUCCAGGAGGAGGACGACGAGAAUAUCGUCGGCGUGUCGCUGUCGCGCGAUCUCAUGGCCGUCGCAGGCGACGCGCUCAAGGCCAACAUCACGACGCUGGGUCCGCUCGUGCUGCCGCUGUCGGAGCAGCUGCUGUUCUUCGCCGUGCUGGUGGGGCGCAAGGUGUUCCGCAUGAAGCUCAAGCCCUACAUUCCCGACUUCAAGCUCGCCUUCGACCACUUCUGCAUCCAUGCGGGCGGUCGCGCCGUGCUGGACGAGUUGGAGAAGAACCUGCAGCUGUCGCAGUGGCACAUCGAGCCGUCGCGCAUGACGCUGUACCGCUUCGGCAACACCUCCUCCUCCUCCAUUUGGUACGAGCUGUCCUACGCCGAGGCCAAGGGCCGCGUCAGGCGCGGCGAUCGCGUGUGGCAGAUCGCGUUCGGCAGCGGGUUCAAGUGCAACAGCGCGGUGUGGCGCGCCCUUCGCCGGAUCAAGCCGGAGGAUAACGUGGGCCCUUCCCAGCAGUGCCGUAAUGACGUGGCCAGCUUGAUCGGUUGCGCGGCUAUGGAAGGUCCUGUCGGCGGCCACUAA